AUGUCGGACCCGCGUUACUCGAGGGAGAUUUUCGAGACUUGCUCCAUCCCAGUCAAGGUCGGAAAUCCUCACCUAGCUCCCAAGCCCGCGUUCGCAACCACGAUGUCGAAGAAAAAAUUGCCUGGCAAGCAAACUGCCUCCUCUGAUUCUUCCGGUCGCAAGAAAAGCCGUAGAGGCCGCCUCUCUGCGCUUUUCGGCCACAGCCCGGAGCAGGUCGGCGAUGCUGCUGACGACAAGACCGCCCCUCAGGAGGAAGCUACGCCUACCAAGGCCACCGCAAGCAACCGACAUGAGAAUGGCAAUCAUCUUCAGAACUCUGCCGCUACCCUCGAGAAUAGUCGCAAGGAGAAUGGUACUCGCAACUCUGUCGUCACCAUCGUUACGACUCGUUCUGUGACCACCGAAGACAAGGAUGCGCAUGAGUCUGGCGCCGAGGCUUCGGCGGACAAGAUUGACACCAUCGAUUUCGCCAAUAAGACUCAGAUCCAAGGUAAGACCCUCGAAGUGAAGCCUUGUACUACACUGACCAUCGGUGAAGCAAUUUCGAACCCGUCUCCGAGUCGCAUGACUAAGUUGCCUAUCCAUCGCCACAAGAGAGCUUCCAGCUCUUUCAAGAUUGUCGACAGGGACUCUGCUGACGCUGUGCUCCUCUCUGCGUCUUCUUACAAUUCAUCCACGGAGAAGAAGAACAGUGCUGUUGCGAAGCCCGGCGCUCAGGCGCCUUCUUCUACUCAGCUUCCCCAGCACAACCAGCGCCAUGACCAGGAGGCUCCUUUGCUGCCAUCGUCUACAUACACUGGCUCUACCAUCCAAAACAGUGGACGUCAGAACAAGCUCAAGGGCAACUCUCCUGUCAAGAAUGACUGCGCUCUCUCUUCUUCCACAGAGCCCGGUCCUGCGAUCAAAACUACCGACACCGACGAGGAGAUUGCUAGAAAGCUCGAAGCUAUGGCUUCCAAUCCUGCUACAGUGUCCCCUCCUGCUACUCCUCUACUCAGCGCACUGAAGACUUACGUCUCCGACAAGUCUUCAGGUGAGAAGAAGGUCCGCUUCGCCGCGGCCUCUUCCAUCAAGUCUGGCGAUAGCGACAACGAGAGCGGAGGCUCGGAUGAUUCGGACAAGACCAUCAAGCCUGGUAUUGGAGGCAUGAAAGCGGCCUCGAAUUCUAUUCUCUCGCCUACAGUCUGGGACAAGAGUGCUGAGCCUAAGAUCUGGGUCAAGAACGGCAAGCCCACCCUCUUCCAGCCUCAGAGAGAUCCCGGCUACUACACCAACCCGCUUUGGUCUCGCCAGUAUCCCGAGAUUCUCUCAAAUGACCCCCGAGUUAACCCCUAUGCUGCGAGCAUCGCUGGAAGCACCACAUCUACGGAUGGAAGCCAGUAUUCCGACACUCCCGCAGCCCGCGCUAUUACCGACUUCGAGGUGGGCAACAACCUCCAUUCCAAUGGCGAAUCCAGCACCAGCGUGAACCUCGGCACGGGUGCUGCGCCUGCUCGCACUCCUUUCACUAGAACCACUCGAGGCACUAUGCCUUCGCCCGCGAGUGCCAAUCAGAACUUUGUCGGCCGUGAUUUCCCCGACAUGCCUUCUGUCCCCGCUGGUUUCCGCAUGCCACCUCUUUAUAGAGGCCAGAUCAAGUUGGAGAUUGGUGGUCGUCGCUUCGUCAGCUCUAUGGAUGUCCUCGAGAGAAGCUCCUGGUUCAAGUAUAUCUUCUCCAUCAACUUCCGCGAUUGGUACCGCGAUGGCGUUUUCCACUUCGACAACGAUGGGGAUCUCUUUGCCCACAUACUGCGCUUCCUUCGCACCGGCAUGUAUCCAUUGUUCUGGGAUGGGCGCAACGGCUUUGACUAUGCCAUGUAUGCGAUGAUCCAGCAGCAGGCUCGCUACUACAUGCUCUACGACCUUGAGGCCUGGAUUGCGCAGCAGAAGUACCAUGGCGUGGUGGAGAUCCAGGUGAUUCACCAGAAGUUCAUCAUUCCGAACUCUCAGGGCUGGAUUCACGAGCAGAGUCUCAUGGGCCUUGACACCUCCGAGAUCUCUGGCGUCGCUCAACACCCCAAUGUGGCCCUCGGUCGCCAGUCUGACAGCCAGGCCCCUGUCGCGGACAUGUUCUUUUCUGAGAACGGAGUCAACUCGAAGGGAAAGGCCAAGGCUGUCGCGCCUCAGCAGGACGGCCCUGAAGGUGCCGUGGCGCUGUUCACCACCGAGAAGGUUGUCAAGGUUCACAUGGACCACCUGCGCCCUUUCUAA